CGCACCCCAAGAAAGAUCGACCCUGCCAGCUACAAACAACAUGUGGAGCUUCAUUUAGGGUACCAGACUGUGACAGGACUACAACUCCUCUCUAUGAAUAAACCAAAGGAUGACAAACGCUAUUUUUAUUGUUCUAAGAAUAUAAAGUUUGAUGUUGAGUAUGAGGAGAACAUGAACCAUUCACAGUGUUGUUUUCCAAGAAGACCUAUGUUACAGAAACAACCUCCCAAGCAGCAGCGGUCUAUGUCAACCAGCUCAGAGGCAUCGCCUGACUCCUCACACAACUGGCUGCUACCCACAAUAGGAGUAAUGACAGUGCUGGCUGCCAUUGUGGCAGUGAGCCUUAUGGCCAGACUUCGGGGUAAACCUUGAUGAACUUGCUCAACUUGCAGCUAAAAAUAACAGUUCAGUGCAUCAAGUGCAUCACAGUCACUUGGCAGAAUUUAUAGGUUGGUUAUACAUAUUUUACGAAACGCUAAACUACGGUUGUUUACAGAAAGGAAUGGCCGAAGCUUCAUCCUCCAUCCACUGAUUGCAGUCCAUACUCUGUCCAUAAUUUAUUGAUAAUUAUAAACAGGGAUUUUGUAUUCAAUUUCUUAAGAAUUUUUUGGCAGAAUAUGUACAUAAUGUUUUUUUAUAAUUAAAAUAAUUCUAAAUACUGUAGUACAUGUGUUUGUAAGCAUGUGGGUGCUGAUGAGCUCAUAGGAUUGAAAUAUGUAUCUCAAGCAGGCUAGUUAAUUAGCUUUAUUUAGACAGACAUUGUCACUUAUUGGUAAGUGUUUGGAAGGUAAAAAAAACUGCUUGGUUUUAGUGAAAGAAAACCAGUGUCUAAGUCCUUAUACCAUUCUCUUAAUGGUUCUGGGGAUUAUCUUCCCUAGGUCCUGGUCUCAGGCCAGGACCUAGGUUGGAAAGAAAAUAUUACAGGAUCAGAAACUUUUAAGCACAUAGGAAAGUAAACGUAUGUGUAUAUUGAAUGCAAGUUGAGACGUUUAUAAGAUUGACCUGUCAUCUUGCGUGUUCAAGGAAAGUAAACGUAUGUGUGUAUUGAAUGUAAGCUGAGACGUUUAUAAGAUUGACCUGUCAUCUUGCGUGUUCAUGAGGCAGUGAUUGGUAAUCUUGCUAUAGUGCAAAACACUUAAGGUUUCCAUUUCACACUCAUAUGACAGGACAGUAGUUCCUCAGUGGAAGGUUGCUGCCUACCAACUUAAUAUUUUACGAGUUGCCAAGAUAAUUAUCUAUUAGUGUCUUUGGUAUAUUUCCUUCUGUUGGUAGAAGCAGAGUAUUCUGUUCACUGCAGUGAACAGAAUACUCUGCGCUAAUUAAAUUAUAUAAUUUACCUCACCUUGCAAUUGCAGAUACCUUUUACUGCUUGAAGUUUUCAGAUUAUGAACUUCAAACAUAUGUCUUAAACCUAACUCCUAAUUUAAAUGUUCUCUGUGGUAAACACUUGGUACCUUAUUGCCACUACUACUAUUAAAAAGUUUAAAUCAUUGCUAUAUUUACAAAUAACCUGCACAUAGGAGAGAGAAAAGCAUACAAUGAUGUUUCAGUUGGACUUGGCUCAUUUACAGUCACAGUGUGACUUUGUAAAUGGUCCAAGUCGGACUGAAACAUCGUUGUAAGCUUUUCUCUCUCCUAUGUGCAGGUUAUUCGUGUAUUCUAGUCACGGUAUUGUGCCUUUUUGUUCUUAAGUUCUGUAUCAAUUUGCAAGGGAUACCAAGUGCAACAAUCACAUGAAACCAACAAACUUUGAUAGGCUAAAUACUGAAGACAAGAUACCACAAGAUACUUCUGCUUCUACAAUUGCAGUAGGUGAUCAUAUGCCAGUAUAUAUAUAUUUAAAAGAAUAACUCGAAAUAAAGAAGAA